CGCAAACUUGAAAAUUGUGUUUAGUUUAGUGUUAAACUCCGUUCGACUUCUUAUGUACGUUAAGUGCGUACUGCAAUACAAGUAUAGUAAACUGAUUUCAAUUAAACUUUUUAUAGAUAUACAUUUAUUUUGAAAUGGCUGGUAAGAGGGCUGCGUCUACGGACCUGAAUCACGACAAUUGGGAUGAUGAAGAAAAAGCCGAAGAAGCAGGAACAUUUAUGAAAGCUUCUGAUGAUGUAUUGGAAAAACGUGUUGUUAAAAAAGCUAAGAGACGUUUACAAAAUUCAGAAGAUGGUACCAGAAGUGUAUUUGGUACGUUUACAGGUUUUAAAACAAAAACCUCAACUAGUGCUUCACCCUUUAGCUUUUUAGCUAAUAAUAAUACUAAUAUUAGUGCUAAUGAUACGGCUUCUAAGACAGUUACGAAUCUAAACAAGUCUUCAAACAAUGAAACUCCAAAAACUAAUGAAAAUGGAACUAAUAAGAGGGAAAAUACAGAAAUACAAACUUCGUCAACUAUGUUCACUAGUAAAAAUAGUACUUCUGAUCAGGAAGAACAAAAUAUAUUUAAAAAAUCCACUGACUAUUUUGCUAAAUUAAAAGGGUUAAAUGAAAGUGUGGCACAAUGGAUUAAAACUCAUGUUGAUGCAAAUCCAUUUUGUAUCUUAACUCCAAUUUUUAAGGAUUAUGAAAGGUAUCUUAAGGAAAUUGAAGCAAAACAUGGAAGUGAGAUUGAAAAAUCAACACAAGUACAGUCUAGUGAUAAUAAAGAAAUUGCAAAUACAGAUAAAAAUAUUGAGAGUUCUCCAUUUGGAAGAACACAUGCAAAGUCAUCAUUAAAAUCUGCCGAAUGGAAACCUGAAAAAUCAAUUUUUGGCAAUAUUAAUCCAGUUUCUAAAUCUAUAUUUAAUAAAUCAGAACAUACUGUAAAUACUGGUAAACCUAUUUUUGGUACAGAUCAGAACUCAAACUCGCCAAAAUCUGUUUUUGAUAGUAUUGAUCAAAAAUCGCCAAAAUCUGUUUUUGAUAGUAUUGAUCAAAAAUAUGGUAGCAAAAGCAUAUUUGGAAAUACAAGUUCUGAAAAAAAUCCAUUUUUGAGUAAGCCACCUACUGCAUCUGAUAAAUCAGAAGAGCAAGAAACAAAAUCAGAUUCAAAACCUACUACUACUAUUGUUACUAAUACCACUAUUACUAGUUCUUUUGCUACAACAAAUACAACUACCUUUUGUUUUGGUCAAAGUUCUGCUACGAGUAAUACAUCAACUGGAUUUAGUUUUGGAAGCACCAAACCAUUUACAUUUGGAGCUCAAGUAGUACAGCCACAAGAACCUGAGGAUGAAGGAAAAGACGAUGAAAACGAAGAACCACCAAAAGCAGAUUUUAAACCGGUAACAGAAGAAGGUGCCAUAUAUGAACAAAGGUGUAAAGUUUUUGUUAAAAAAGAUGGCAAUUUUACUGAUCGAGGUAUAGGAACACUAUUCUUAAAACCAACUCCAAAUGAAAAAACACAAUUAUUAGUACGUGCACAAACAUCUUUGGGAAAUUUAUUGCUCAAUACUUUAUUAACUGAAAGUAUUCCAACAAAACGUAUGAACAAAAAUACAAUAAUGUUAGUUUGUUUACCAAUGCCUGAAUCUACACCACCUCCAGUACCAGUAUUACUGAGAGUAAAAACAGAUGAAGAUGCUGAUGUAUUAUUGGAAACACUCAAUAAACAUAAAAAAUAAGAAAAAAAAUAGCAAUUAUAAAUAAUGACAUAUUAUUGAAAAAGAAAUAUAGUAAAAUCAUGUUAAAUACUAUAAUUGAUGAAUUUUUGAAAAUUAAAAUACACCUUCACGCUACACCUAUUCAUUGUAAUACUUUUACCUGACUUGAUAUAGUCUGUAAUGUAAAAUAGAACUAGUAUAAAUCAUACAUAUUUUUUAUUGUACGAAAGGUACGUUAUGGUAUCAGUAACAUACAUAAUAUAAGUAAUAUAAUAUGUAUAUGAAGCAAAUAAAUAUAAGACUUAGAAUAUUUGAAGUU